CUCUCAACUACACUUCAACUCUACCCUCACAAACCAAUCAGAAAUACUCUUAUCAAGAACUAAGAAAACUCAUUCAACAUGGACACCAUACCAGGUCUUGAAUUAUUCAACUCAUACGAACAAGAAUUUAACGAUUUAGUCAUCAGCAUUCGAAAUGCUCUCAAUGUUGAAGCUAAGAACCUUGUUGGUGAACAACGAAAAGCGGUUUUAAGACGAGUCGAACGAGAUACAGAAGAGGCAGAAGAAAUCGUAUCUCAAAUGGAAGUGGAAGUCCAAACACUCGACCGAGCACUAAAACCGAGCAUCAAUGCUAAACUAAAGUCAUUCCGGAAUGAGCUCACAGCCUUCAAAUCUCAAACCAAACAAGCACAAGCAAGUUCAAACUUAGUUGGAUCUGGUCCUGGCACUUCAAAUUUUGAUGAUGAUCAAACCGAUUUCUCACAAUCUCAAGCACAACGUGAAAGAUUAUUAAAAUCAAAUUAUCUUUUAGAAUCUAGUUCGAAUCGAUUAGAUUCAAGUCAUCGAAUCGCUUUAGAAACUGAAGAUCUUGGAACUGGAAUCUUGAGAGAUUUAAGAAGUCAACGUGAACAAAUUGAAGGGACUCGAGAUACUUUGAGAGAAGCCGAUGGUCAUAUCGAUAAAGCCAGUAACACUCUUAACCAGAUGAUCAGGACUAUGUAUCGUCAACGUAUCAUCACCGGAGUCAUUAUCACCGUGCUCGUCCUGCUUAUUUUAUUCAUCUUGUAUUCCAAAUUUCGUUGAUACCACUUUUUAAGCCAUUUUUGAUAUCUCUUUUUACUGCUUUGUUUUGAGUUCCUAAGGACUUUUGUUUUAUAACUUCAUGAUACAUCUUUCUAUGAUUUUUUGUUCAGUUUUUGGUUUUUUCUCUGAUCUGAUGUAUAAGUUUGUUGAGGUUUUCGUAGUUACAAGAACAUAGCAUUUGUUUAAAUUUUGAAUGCAGUGCAUCAUGUAACACGAUUCAUUUGGAUUUCUGUCAAAUAUGAAGAAGUUAGGGCUGUCGAGAACAACAACUGCUUUGAUGAUCACUCUGAUGAAACCCUUGUACAGUACAUACAUGGUCAUGAGUCUUUGUAACAAAGGAUUGAAAGAUUAGAAACGGUCACAUGAAGCUUUC